AUGCCAUCAUGGAAGGUGGUUGCCUCUGUAGGAGGAGAGCUUAUCUCGGUGUACGACGGCACCACCCGUUACACCGUGGGGCGAUGGACGCUUGGAAAGUGCGGAGCCAAUGGCUGGCCGCCGUUGUCGUCCUGUUACUACGCGUAUAAAGCAGUAGACAAGGCCUUAACCGCCAAGUUCCCCAAGGCCAGCAAGCACCUAACGGCGCCCAAGGUGCUUAUCCAGGCCGUGGCUUGCGGCAAGGCGUAUUACAACCCCGAGUUGAGCAUGUGGGCGUUGUCAAGCGUACGGCCUGCACGAAUCCUGCCGGACAUCGUCCCAAAGCGAUGUGAUGCAAACAGCUUCGGCGUGCCCACUGAUGCCGGUAGCCUCGAGUGCGCUCGUUUGGUGGCACAGCACAACACCAAGGCGCAGCCGUGGGUGCCGUGA